AUGAGUAGAUCGCAACCGCUUUUUGCGGCGGCGGGUUGUCAGGACGGCGGUGUCCGGCAGUGCCGGCGCCGGCGCAGCUCCGCGCUGACACGGAGCUCGGCUAAAAAUAGUGGCAGCAUUGGAGCUAAUGCUGGCUAUACUUGGAAGGCUGGGACCGUUAGCGGCGGGAACCGGCUGGUGGCGCCGGCGCCUCGGCGGUUGGCCCGCCCCGGCCCGCGGUGUAUCGACCCUUCUCUUUGGCUUUUUAUCUUCGGCCCAAUAGAUACAUACACUGGUCGGAGCCAGAAAGAAACUGAACAAGCAUAUAAGUCUACGCUUCCAGUUAAAGAUACUUCAAUGAGUACACUCAUAAUUUGGAAUAUCAAUAAAGCUCUCGAAAAAAAUCCAAAGAUUGAGUUGCAGUCGGCGCUAAAGACGACGGAGGCGAGCCUGGAGCGCGACUCGCUGGACGUGCUGGCCAUCGUGUCGCAGCGGCCUGAGGAGCGCCACCUGUCGUGUGCGCUGCUCGCCUGGCAGCAGCUCGGUCACAUCCACGCCGACAGCCUAUGCCGAUUCGUGGAGGCGCAAAUGAAGAAGGAUCAAGCGGCUGGACAGACGAAAGUGCCACCAAUUGUACCCUCAGCAGCUCCCUCCUAUGGGGGAGAGUAUGUCUCUCAGAUGGAAUCAGAUUUCAGUAAAGAAUUAAGUGCCGUGAGCUCUGUAGCCACGCCUAAGGUUGGACCCGUGCUCAGACUACCUGCGGAGCCGAAGAUUGUCAUGCGUUUAGACUCCCAGAAACAACCUGUAAAGGAUAUUAAAAAGAAAAUUGAAGAGGCGUGUUGUCUCGAGAGCGGUUGCGUGGAGAGGCUAGCCAAGUUGGAUGCUCAGACAAAGGAGCUGCGGGGACGUCUCGCCAAGCUGGCUCGUCGCGAGGCCGAUCGUGUCGAGCUGCUAGAGAGGGCAGAGGCAGCCUGGCGGGACCUCGAGAUAGGGUACAUGAAGCGUCUCAGGGAUGUCACGGAUAAAGAAGGAGAUUUAGACAGACAAAAAGGCUACUUGUUGGACGAUCGCAACGACCACAAGGACUACUGUGCAAGGCUUGUGGCGGUGUUAAAGCCUCGCGGGGAUGCAGCGGAGAAGAUGCGUGAGCAGUUGAGGAGUCUGGAGACAACGGUGUGCGAGCGGGCUUGUGAGCGAAUGAGACAGAUAGAACUGUCUGCGGCCGAGGACGCCGCGCUGGCUGACGCCCAGUGCAAGGCCACUCAGCUCGACCGCGAUCUUCAGUUCAAGGAGGAGCAAGCCCGUCGAAAGCGGUCAGCGUUGGAGAGUGACUUGGAGUCAGCCCGCGGGCUCACGUAUGAAGCUGACCGCACUCUCCGUUCAGAACUGAACGGUCUCAAACAGCAAAUAAAACAAGUUUCCAAGGAACUACUUGGUGAAGAAAACGGCAUAGAGAAGACUAAGAAAGAGUUGGCAGAGUUCCAGCAAGAGAAACGAGAGCUGGUGGAAGAUUUGGAGGGUUGCCAGAAGGUGUGCGACGCGAACAUGCAGAAGAAGGUGGAGGAAUUGAAAACGAAGAGAAAGAAGCUGCAAGAACUAAAGGAUAAGGUCGUGGACUGUAAGUGUAAGUUGCCGAUGGAUGUGGCAGUGGAAGUGAAGCGCACUCCCUCGCUUGCAGCGCUCUGUCAGUGCAGGCCUGAGGACAAAGCAUUGGAUUCAUGUUCCUGCACAUCAUUCAGAAGCAGACUCCUAUCGGACUUGCUGUCGGACUUGUUUGGGGGUCUUCAGGGUGAGCUGGGCAGCACUGGCUCCAAGAUGCCCUGCCAACUGCUCAAGUGUCUGGAGGACCGUCACAACUGGGACCGCGCCUCUAUCGUCAAGUCCAAUCUGCGCGCUUUCUUUGCUAAACUGCUGGUCGGCGAACUGGACAUUGCUAUCGCUACUUCUAUUGAGAAAUACCAUGCUAAGUGGGUUGGCGCUUCGUGUGCGGAUAUUGCAAGGCCAAUUCCAGACGUAGGUGGUUCAGAACAUGAAGGGUGGGAGGGUCGUGCUCUCGAGUACAAAGCGAAGAGGAUGGCUGCUCGAAUGGCAGAGCAGAUGUUUAAAGAGCGAGCCGAAGAGAUAAUGCAGCGCGCUAAAGACGUCGUCGCCAUGGGACCACCUCCGUGCGACUGUAAACCACCGAGUACGGCCAUUAUGACAUGUCUCGUCGAGCCACCUUUUGGUGGACGGCACGCGGAGGAACCUGAAAAGGACAAUAAAAAGAAACCUGUGAGACCAACGCCUCCCCUAGCGCAUCAAAAAUGUACUCUUGGUACUACAGGCGGUACCGGACACAUCGCACAUGCGAUACAUCGCACAAUCAAUGAUGUUUCCCAACUCAGAGCUCAGGUUGAAGAUCUAAAGAAGGAACCUGACAGUUUGGAAGUACUUCACCCAACUAAAUGCGUACCCGUUGAAUCAACAAACAAAAAAGAAAAUGAGUGUCACAAGCCGGUAUCUGCAGGUUCAAAACCAAAAAAGGUGACACCUGUUAUCAAGAAAAGACCAAGUCUUAAUGAGGCCCUAAUUAAACCACCAGGAAAACCUUCAAAAAGAUUUGGUCGUCAAUAUGCUGUCAAUCUUUGUUUAUGUGGCAUGAAGGGUAUUAAAGACAAAAAUGAUAAUCCUAAAGAAGAAGUUAAAGGAAUAUCCCAAAUGCCUAGCAUAAGACAAAGCAAACCGAUUUCACAAAUGCUUUCUCAAGAAGACAAGGCAGCAAAAAAUAGUCAAUCAACCGCAAAAAACAUUUGCGGAAGUCAAUGCGCUUGUUUCAAUAAAAUACCGUCGAUCUCAUCUUUUGAUGAGCUGUUAGAAACCCUAGCUAAAUGGAAGUGUGACUUAGGCAAUGAUUACAUCGAAAGUAAAAAUGAUAAUGUUUUGACGGCUUAUAAUUAUAUUAAAAGUGCAAGUGAUAAAAUUUCUUUCAAAGUCAACCAUGCCAGUAAACUUCUUUCUCAAUCAUCCAAUAAAACACCAAACAAAAGUUCAAAAGUGCCUGAAGUUAACUUAAAUACUAUUACGAAGGAAACAGAAUGCACCUCACAUCCGACUCAGAAAGAAGGAUAUAAUUUUGGUCGCAUUUUAACCACAAAUACUGAAUCUGAAUAUAUGGGAGCAGUUAAUUUAGAAAAGAGUAAUGAAAAUUUUUGCAAAUGCAUUAUUGAUGGUGAAACCAAUAUUAUUGAUAAAACAAAAACCGACGAGAAGAACCCAAUCGCACCAGUUAAAUAUACAGUUCCUUGUAAAUGUGAUGAUCAUCACACAUAUACCAAAAAUAUGGACACACAAAAUAAAGAGGUAAGACAAGAUAUAAAAAAGCAAAUUAUCAGUAAAACUGACAUGAAUCAUAUUUUAGCUGAUGCUGAUUAUGUGAUGGAAACACAGACUCUUAGUAAUGGGAUGAGAAAAGUAGUAUUAGAAGAUUUUUCUGGGAAUAUGAAUAAAAAGAGAGAUAGAGCAGUGAGUUCAAUUAAAAUAAUUAAUAAGAAAGAUGAAUACCAUGAACAGCCAGCAACUGUUCCAAAUGCAAGUCAAAUAAUAAAAACACCAGAAUGCGAUUGCGGUUACCAAAUAAAAUUUUUAGGCGUCACUUUGGCUAAUAAUGCUUCCAAUAAAAAAAUAACAAAUACUCCGAAGGACAGCGUGAAUAUUACGUAUAUGCCAAAACUUGACAAGGAUUGCAUAACUAAGGUUGAUUGCCCACUUGAUAUAUUCCCCCACAAUUUAUUACAUAAUUCUGAUUCAUUCAAAAGUAACGUGAAUGACAAUAACAAAAUAAUUGGUGAUCAUCAACUUAAGUGUCAUUGUAAAGUUAACAUGGAAGAACUUAAAGCCCUUUUUAGUAAUAAUCUUCAUAAAAACAUCGGAGACUCAAACCAAGACAAAGCUUUGGAUACUAGAAGUUUCAUACAAGAAGUCACUGAAAAGCAAGAUGAUUGCGUUUGUUGUGUUAAUAACUUAGUUGAAGAUUGGAAUGAUUUGGAAGUUAAUACAUUUCAUUUAUUGGAAGAACAUUUGAAAAGUAAGUUAGAGGAAUUCAAAGAAAGUUGUGACCACCCCUCUUGUGUCCAUCCUAAUGAAGAAGGUAAACUUUUUACUAAAAUUCUUCAUAAAAUAAAACAAACUAUAACUGAAAGUACUGAUAAAGUUCUGUGUAAGUGUUCUGAAGAGACUCCAAGUGAAGGUAGUUGGCAGAGAGCGUACGGGUUACUACAAGAGUAUUUAAAAACGAAAAUACAUCGUGUUCAAUGCACCUGUAAUUCUCCUAAACAGACGGAAGAUGAUAUUGUACCAGAGCUUACUAACAAAGUAUGCAAUUUAAUUGAGAACGAUUUCCAGCGUCUAAAAGACAUGUGCAAAUGUAAAAAUACAGAGAAAAUAAUGACAAAAAGUAGUAAUCUCAACGAAUCAAAUUUGUUUCUAAUGCCAGAAAAAGAUACUAAUGAAAAUAUUUUUAACAGCCCUUCUCACAAUAAUGUGAAAGGUAACAAACUAACUUUAAUAUCAAAUAUAGCUAUUUUAAAAACACAAAAUACGUCAGCUCAAGUUAUACCUAAAUUAGAAAAUAAAUCAUGUGAUGCUAUAGGAGAUCAUGUGAAGAAAACAGUUGAAACACAGAAUACUGAAACCUUUCAUGAAUUUAAACAUUGUGUAUGUUGUAAUUUAUCUAGCAAAGAAAAAGAUAUUAUAAAUCAGAGCACACAGUAUUCUAAAACUAAUCAGGAUUUUAAUAUUCAACAUACUGAUUCUUUAUUAUAUCAAGUAUUGGGCGGCAAUAAUUUACUGCAAGAUAUUGAAAAAACUGAACAAACAAAAGAUGAUAUAAGUAUAAAAACAUUCGAUAAUGAUACUAAUUUAGAUAAAACCACAACAUUGCCUUUAAUAGGGUACACCGUAGACUGUUCGUGUAAUCAAUGUCUAGGUUCUUGUGUUUGUACUAAGUCCAUGGUCCAAGAAAACAAUGUGGCAAUAGAUAACCUAUGGAAAACUUACACAAACUUUAAAACAGGGAACCAAAAUGAGACAUAUCCCUAUAUCAUGGAUAAUAUUUACAAAAAAGAUGUUGAAGGUAGUGUAAACAAAAUUCCUGAAUACAUAUUGACUGAGUACACUGAAUUUAGGAAUCAAACGUCUGUUUUUCCUGCAUUAUGUAACGUAACUACUAGCGCUCAAGACAUAGGGUCAAUUGCUUUAAAAGUUUCUAAAGAAGACGUCGGUGCACCGCCUACUUACCAUACCAGUACGAAUACGGUAGUGGCGUUAGAUGACGAAUCUAAUUCGAUAUCAGAUGUUAUGACUGAGGAAGCAGCUGAGUGGUUUGAAUGUGCGUCGCAGGCUGGUUACGAAACAAUGAGGUCGAGGUCGACGCAUACACCAAAAAAUUUAUAUGGAUCUAAAAGCGAUACAGUCGUUGAACGCUUAUCAGAUCGCGGUACAACUGUUGACCGCAUAAUAGAGCCUUCCGAGUUGCUUCAUGAAGGUUGUGGGUGUAGUCUAGUUCCUGUAUGUCACGUGAAAAUGUUAGUGGAAAAUAUUGAAAACAAAUUAUUUAAUUCCGAGUGUACGUGUGAUGCAAUGAGUGCAGAAGUUUGUCCAGUACAUUCUCGACGAUUCAUAGUUUAA